AUGGCUGUGAACAUUGGCAGCCUUGGUCGACACAAAGGGAUAAGCCGAAGCGGUUUGAGUACUGUUCUGCAAGAGCUCAAAGAUAAGGAGUUCCCAAGUGCGACGUCAAGACAAACGAUCAAAAGACGUCGAGACGAUGUGGUGGAUUUGGACACUCGUUAUGGCAGAAUUCUGCAAUCUUGGCGCACCACACUCUUGCCGGUAGAGCAGAAGAAGACGAAAAAGACUGGCUCGGCGACCAAGCCGAAAUCAGAAAAAACCGUUGAUUUUCCGUUUGUCCAGCCAAUCCCUCUGCUUAGCCACAUGUGCAUGGAAUGCACUGAGUUUUCAGGUUUCAUGCUGAAGGUACUGGAUCAACAUCGGCCAAGCCAGGAGAACCCGCUCAACUUGAUUGCGUAUUCCGACGCCAUCUCACCUGGGAACGUUCUGGCGCACAAUCAGGGCCGCAAGGUUGAAUGCAUUUAUUGGUCAAUCAAAGAAUUUGGCGACUUGGCGCUGACCCUUGAGAAGAAUUGGUUUUUGCUUGGCAUAGCACGUUGUGACUAUGUAAGGCGUUUGCCAGGCAAGAUGAGCCAGUAUUUCAAAGAGGCAUGCGAGCGCUUCUUCAGUCCCCUCGACAUGAGGCACGGAGUUCAACUUGCAUUCCCUGAUGGCACUCGCGUAAUGUUAUUCUGUGAAUUGUCUAUAGUGGUCGGCGACGAAGUCGCUCUGAAGGAGGCAAUGGAAUUUAAAGGGGCCUCCGGCAGUCUACUGUGCCCGAUAUGCCGGAACGUGGUCGACUGGAAGAGCGAGCUUCACCUGCACUCAACGGAGUUUGUGCCUAGCAAUAGGGUUACGCUGAACGGUGUGGACCUCCACUCAGACAAAACUCUUCUGGACACGGUGAAGUACUUAGCGGAUUGCAGCCGUGACGACCGGAUCACUCCAUCUGCAUUCAAGAAGCUGCAACAAUCAUUGGGGUACAACCACAGUCCCGAUGGUUUCCUGGGGUCAAGCAUCUUGACACUGAGGCCAAUAUCCAGUAUAAUGUGUGACUGGAUGCACACCUACUCGGUGUCUGGCCUCUGGAAUGUUGAGUGCGGCGCACUAGUCGCGAGGCUGUCUGCGAGUGGAGUGACACAAGAGACGCUGAACGCCGAGCUGCACCGCUUCACGUGGCCAAAGGCCUAUGCUGGCAAAAACACUUCCGGCAUAGGCAUCUUCGAGAAGCAAGACCAAGAUGGAGACAUCAAAUGCUCGGCCAGUGAAUGCUUGUCAAUAUACAGCGUGAUUCGCUUCGUCCUCAAGGAGAUGGACCUUCCAGGAUUGCGAGAAGAGUGCGCCAGCUAUUUCCGCCUUUGCAGAGUUUUGGACUUGCUGGUUCACCAAAAGAAGCACGGGUGGGACGCUGCUGCUCUUCAAGAGGCAAUCGAAAACCACUUACGUGGGUACGUUGCUCUCUAUGAGCGUUUUCUGCCAAAGCAUCAUUACUCCCUGCACCUGCCCUCCCAGUGUACCCAGCACGGGACAUUAGUCUCGUGCUGGGUGCACGAGCGGAAACACAAGUUCAUCAAGCGUCACGCAAACCUUAUUUGCAACACAUGGGGCCAAUUUGAAAGGUCCGUUAUAGUGGACGCUAUGGGUGACAUGUUGGCUGACCUCACAGGGUCUGCGCAUGAGCCAUAUUACGGAGGGCUCUGCUCCCCUUCUCCAGCACCCGCUUCUGCUUGCAGAGAGCUCAGCAAGAUUGGUUUCGAUGGACCCAUGCUUGUGGCUCGCUCGGCGUACUACGCCCCAGGCAGUCGAGCUUGGGCAGGAGAUGUGGUUGCGUUGGUCGAUGACAUGGGUGAUCGGCAGCAUGGGCAGGUCAAUUUCUUUGCCAAGUGCGGCGAUUGCAAUCUUUGUUGUGUGACACAUUGGGUGGCACAGGGUGGAAACAAGUUUCGCAAAGGGCCAGAUUCGUUCGUGGCAGAUCUCUCUUACAUAGUGGAUGUUUGCAUCCACUGUGAUGCUGACCCCGGCAUGGCCAAAAUUGCUGACCUGGAAUCCCCGUCGACUGACCUGGUGACCUCUUCGACCAGGGUCCCGUCCUCGGCCGAGACUGAUCAGACGCCUUCUAUUUCAUGGCCGCGUCACCUUUGCUCACAAAGCUUCAAGUCCAGAUUGCAGUUGACAGCACAUCUUCAAGAACAUCAACAGCAGUUGCAUCGAUAUGACCCCAAAAGGGACUCAGUUGCAGGUGAACCUGCAUGCUCCCAUUGCGGUCUUCUGGUGACCUCCAUGGAUGCACUCCGCUACCAUAUCACGAAGGGGCAUUGCAAACACUUUGAUCCUCGCAAACAAGUCCCAGAAGUUGCCAUCAGCCAUGAACUCAAGGCUGCCAUGCUGACUGGACGACUUGGUCCCUAUCUUCGUGAAGCAGGUGCUCGGACCUUUUUGACUGUGCAUGCUUGUGUUGUGGCCGAACAUUCUCGGGAGCACGUGAGCUCUCCCGCCAUUUGCAAGAAAGGUUGGGGCCUGUCGGAAGCGGGUGCAAAAGAUCAGGAUCCAUCCAAGAGGGCCAGACUAGGUCCAAGCAAGCGCGAUCGACAGACUGUGGACCGGGAACCCCCUCUACGAGAUCUCAUUCGAGCUAUGGGUCAGCUGAUGCUACGGCGCGACCAGGACCUCCAAGCGACUGCACAGCAGGAUACAUUCAUUCUCUUCUUGGUUCCAAGCCCAGAGGGCAGCAUUCCACUCCUCCGGGCGGCCCAUCGCCAAUGGACGGACCUCAAGGAGAAGACCACCACUCUAAGAUCUCACCUGAUCUUGGCUCUGCUGCGAGAGUUGCAACGACGGCUCCUGAAGUUGAUGGCCUGCAACGAUCAGGACCCUCUGAAGGUCACCAUGGUAAAGAAUGGCAUCCUGUUGGAGGAUCAGACUUGGCCGUACACUCAGUGGGACUCGGCCAGCAAGAAGCUCAUCCUGUCCAAAACGAAGACGCCCAUGUCCAUGACCGUGGCACAAGAACUCCUGGAAGGGCUCCUCACCUUGGUCAAGGAGGACGGGGCGAUCCAGAAAUUUCAUUCCUUGAGUCGUCAGGAGGCCACCAAGAGCCAACCCUGGAAGCUUCAGCCUGUGGCAAAUUGCGGGCAUUCAGAUGAAGCCUCAUACACUGAAGGUAUCACCCCUGGCCGUGAAGGUCAAGGACAUGCUACAACAGCUUUGAUGGAAGCUGACCGCAGUCAGCUGGCACGCAUUGUUGCCGGAUGGGAGUUGCAGAACCCGGCCAACCAUUGCUACCUCAACUCGUCCAUGGAAGCUAUGGUUUGGGCCACUCUGCAUCGACAGCAUUUCUCCUUUGAAGAUUGGGGUGUUCUCCAGGCGGGUCUGCAGACCAUGGUUCAGAGAGGAUCCACUUCCCUUUUGCUCCUUGAGCUGGAGGCGUUUCGUGACCACUUGGCUGCUUGGAGUGGGGCUCAACAGCAUGAUGCUGUUGAAUUUACGUUGUUUCUCAUGUCCAAGAUGGACACUGCGAUUGUGCACAGCCUUUGGGAACGAAGGUUUGCUAGGGAGUCUGGUGCGGUAAAAAGACACGUAUCUGCAGCGGGCAAUCUCAUGAUGCACUUGAAGGUGAUGCCGGACCCUGUUCAGUUUUUGCAUCAGUUGAUUGAGAACUGGCACACAGAAUCUGGCAUGCUCACUGCAUAUUCCCACCUAUACAGACUCCGACCUUUGGCAGGCACCAUGACCGGUCAGAAGCUCAUGUCUCGCGUGCACUUAGAUGCUGUGAUCAGGCUUCCUCGGUUUACAGGAGAUGACAUACUGAUUGAGCACCACGAGUACAUCCCCAUCGCUGCCUUGGCGCAUCUGGGAAGGUCCGGAGCUGGCCACUAUGGAGCGGCGUUGAAAUGCUUUGAUGUCACUUCCACUUCUGAGUGGCUGCUGUGUGAUGACGACGUUCGCGCAGAGCCGACCUCACGUCUCCCUGGAUGGUUUGAGACGCAAGUGGAAAGGCAACACUUUGACUGUGCUUACGGCCUGGAGCUGUACGUGGAGGUUCCAUUUGCGGCCUGGCUUGUGUAUCUCUUCAUGACGCAGGACCACCGACGAUAUUUGGUGGAGCUGGUGGGUCUAACUGUCCAAUUUGCAGGAACUGUGGUCUACUACUUGCCUGGCUUAAUGCGGGGUGAGCAUGAAUGCUGGUUGAGUUAUGCAGACAAGUUCUGUGGAAGCUUCUGGAUCGCAUUUCCCGCGUACGUCUUCAUUCGCACACUGAAGAAUGCAAGGAAUGACGCGAACGGCAAGAAGCAAAAGCAGAAGUGAGCAGAUGGACCUACUGAGUGACCUACUGGAUUUUGAUCAGAGUCAAUCUUCAGUAGCAAAGCGUGAACCGAUCCAGAAAAAAGAAGUGG